AGAAAUCAUCCGUAGCUGAGACGUUUUUUGUUCAAAUGCGUUUCAUUUUUUGUUAAAUGAACAGGGUUCUUUUCAAUAAAGUAGCCUGGAAUCUUUAAGAAACCCCUGUUUCCAUUGGCCUUUAAAAACACAUACACGUUCGCUCCCGGUUAUGAGUGUUCUUUGGUUAUUCAUCUAUUGUUUCAUAAGCAAAACCCCCCUCGUUCCGAGAUGUCCUUGGCACCCCUUAAAUUUUGUAAGUGUUCUCGAAACCUUCUACUCGUGUCACCUACCAGGCGUGAAAAAAGGCUUCAUCAAAGGGUAAGCGCUCAGCCUUCUAAGGACUAAUUCCUCGCAGAUCACAUUUGAGAGGAAUAUCAGAAAUUUUCACAACCGCCUGUUAGAAAGAGGCUACUCUGCCGUUAUUUCAAGAAAGUACCUUUCUGAGGUAAAAUUUGGCGACAGGAAAACAGCCCUACAAGAGAGAAACAAAUCCGCAAGCAAAAAACUUCUACCUUUUGUUACACAAUACCACCCGGCUUUACCUAGCCUGAAGAGAAUACUUAUGGGGAAAUGGCACCUUAUACAAAACCAGCAACGACUAAGAGAAAUCUUUAAGGAGCCUCCACUCAUAUCUUCUCGCAAGGGAAAAUCUCUUAAGGACCUAUUAGUUAGAGCGAAGUUCUGA